AUGUCGUCGUCCUCGGCGAUGCCGCCGCCAGCGUCGCCGCGGGAGCACGUGGAGAGGAUCCGGCGGGAGCGCUACUACAUCGGGCGCGGCGAGCAGAACCCACUGGCGGAGGACAUGCACCAGGCCGUCAACUACCUCUCUCAGGAGCUCUACUCCAAGGACGUGCACUUCCUCAUGGAGCUCGUGCAGAACGCUGAAGAUAAUGAAUACCCUUCUGAAGUAGCACCUUCUUUGGAGUUCCUCAUUACAUCAAAGGAUAUUACUGGAUGUGGUGCAUCCUCAACUUUGCUCAUCUUCAACAAUGAGAGGGGUUUCUCUGCAACCAAUAUAGAGUCAAUUUGUCGUGUUGGGAAAUCAACAAAGAAGGGAAACAGACAUCAGGGUUACAUUGGAGAGAAAGGUAUUGGGUUCAAAAGUGUGUUCUUGAUAUCAAGUCAGCCCCACAUAUUCAGCAACGGCUAUCAGAUCAAGUUCAAUGAGAAACCUUGUGCAGAAUGCAAUAUUGGGUACAUUGUACCUCAGUGGGUGGAAUCCACACCUAGCCUUUCCGACAUCGAAGCAUUAUAUGGGUGCUCAAAGGUCCUACCUACAACUAUCAUCAUCUUACCAUUGAAGAGUGAGAAGAUUGAUGCAGUGAAGAGGCAGCUGUCAAGCAUGCAUCCUGAAAUGCUACUGUUCCUGACAAAGAUCAGGAAACUUUCUGUCCGGGAGGAUAACUCUGAUCCCAGCAAUACAACUGUUAGUGAGAUUUCGAUAUCCAGUGAAAAGAACUACCAAGCCAGGAAGAACAUGCAUGCUGAGUCGUACACAAUCCAUUUAUCUGCUGAAGAGACCGGAAAAGAUGAAGCUGAAUGUGGUUAUUAUAUGUGGAGGCAGAAAUUCCCAGUAAAGCCAGAGAACAGAGUCGAUAAGCGUGCUGAAAUUGAUGAAUGGGUGAUAACCCUGGCCUCCCACAUGGCGAGCGUCUGUCCCGUGGGAAGCAGCUAUCACCUGGCAUCUAUGCUUUCCUCCCAACUGAGAUGGGAGGCUAUACUGUUUGACAGUCCGUGGAACAAGGGAAUUCUAGAGUGUGUCCCAAGCGCUUUAAUGGAUGCUUUUGUGACACUCAUAAAGUCUGGAGCUGAUGCAUCACCAUCAAUGUCUCUGCCAUCUAUGUUCAACUUUCUACCCAUAAAUUCUUCACAGAUCCCACUGCUUGAGCCAGUUAGGUCUGGCAUCAAAGACAAGGUCCUUGUGGAGGCUAUAGUUCCAUGUCAGUCUUAUGCUUCACGGAAGAUAUUCUGCAAGCCCAGUGAAGUUGCACGGCUGAAGCCAGCAUUUUGGACUAUCCUUGACAAAGCAUGGAAACUCGGAGUGGAUCUGAAGAAUCUGUUGACCCAUGGAACCUAUAUUCUUAGCUCUCAUUUUGACAACAGCAUAUAUGACAGUGUGAUAAACUUUCUGGAAGUGAAAAAUGUGGACCAUGAAUGGUAUGCAAAAUGCAUUGAAGGCUCAAAUCUUGUCAAGGAGGUACAUGAACAGCUUUACCUGGAAAUUAUAUAUUUUGUUGCAGACAAUUGGCAAAACUUUUCUGGUACAAACAUGAUGUCCAUUCCCCUAUUGAAGUAUGUUGAUAGGGGUGGUGUUCUCUCGUUCUGGAGCAUAUCUAGAGCUACUGGAACAGGGAGUUUCUAUCUUCUAACCGGUUCUUUCUGCCUCCCAGCACACAAAACAGCUCUAGAAGAUUUGUCGGAGAAGAUAACUGUGAAAAACUGGCUUAAGAAUCAUGCAAGAGUGGAGGUUGUCUCUGUCUAUAGCUAUGCAUCAAGUGUUGUUGAUUCCUUGGGUUCUGAUCAAAGAGCUGUCAUUGCCUUCGCACACUUUCUUUACCACUCUUCCAAGACGCUUCACAUCGAGAGCUACUACUUAUCAGAACUCUGCCGCACCAUGCCAGUAAUUGAUAGCUAUGGCUAUGUUGUCAAGGAAAGAAAUAGAAUUAUAGUUCCUGCCAAGGGGAGCAAAUGGGUUGGUUUGAUGGGUACAAACCCAUGGAGGAAUGAAGGCUACAUUGAAUUGUCAGCAGAUUACAAGUCAGCAGGACAUUUUGCUGGAAACUACACUUCUGAGGACCAGCUACUGGAAUUCCUCAAGACAAAUUUGCAGGCUUCGGAUGUGCCAUUCAUACACCCACCAGAUGCCAGAUUCCCUACUGUUUCAUCACCUCUAACUGUGGAGAAUGCAUUCUUGCUGCUGGAAUGGAUAAGGAAUUUGAAGUCAAAUGGUGUGAGAUUACCAGACCUGUUCUUGACUUGUGUCAAGGAAGGGAGUUGGCUAAAGACGUCGGCAUGGUACAAGUCGCCUAAUAUAUCAUUUCUGUCCAGCUCCAAUUGGGGGAGUCUUCUGCAAACAGGACCUUCCUUUGUUGAUAUACCAAUGAUUGAUCAACAGCACUAUCAAAACAAGCUACAUAUGUAUAAAGAGGAACUCAAGGCAAUUGGCGUGAGAUUUGAAUUCCAGGAAGCUUCAGCUUACAUCGGAAGUCAUCUCAUGUCUAUUGCUGCUGGCAAUUCGCUGACCAGAGAGAAUGUGUACACACUGCUUCGGCUUAUUCGGUUUCUAGGAGAAAAGUUUCUAUCUCCGAGUGAACUGAUCAAGAGUGUCAAAGAGGGACGAUGGAUGAAGAGUACUCUUGGCUACAGGCGUCCUGCUGAUUGUAUCAUCUAUGAUUCAGAUUGGGCAGUGGCAUCAUGUAUCAGUAACCAACCAUUCGUUGAUGUUCUGUCCUACGGUGUGGCCAUCCUUGAAUAUAAACCCGAGCUGGAAUUACUUGGUGUUAUUGUGGGGUUCAAAGACAAUUACCAGCUUGUUAUUGACAACUUCAAGUUCAGUUCUGAUGAUAUUACUUCUGAGGCUACUGUAUUAAUCCUCAAGUGCAUCCGUUAUGUGGGUUCAUGUGAUGAUUUUGUAAGGGAGCUCAAAGAUUUGAAAUGGUUGAAGACAAUUGUGGGAUUUCAUGCUCCUAACAUGUCCUUUCUUGUGGACCCUGAAUGGGAGUGCCUUCUAAAGGUCUUUAAUGGGGUUCCUGUUAUUGAUUAUGGAUUUUAUGGCAGUGUGAUCAGUUCAUACAAAGAAGAAUUGAAGAAGACUGGGUUGAUCACAAGAUUCGAUGAGGCAUCAAAGGCUAUAACCCAUAUUUUCAAGCAGAAGGUGUUGAAUUCAUCGCUUGAAAAAGCAGAUCUCCUGGCUCUACUAGGAUCAUAUCGUCAACUGGCAACACAUGACCUAAUUCCAGUUGAGCUUUUCAACGCUAUGCGUACUGAAAAGUGGCUGCACACCUCACUGGGAUUCCAAUCUCCUUCAGAUGCAAUUCUAUUUGAUGAUGAAUGGGAACCUUUGUCUCCAAUAGCAAAUUUACCAUUCAUAGAUGAUGGUGACUCUUGUUAUGGUUUAGGAAUGGAGAUACAUGGCUACAAAGAUGAACUGAAGAAGUUGGGUGUUACUGUUGAAUUAAAACAAGGUGCUAGAUUCGUCAUCACAGGCAUCAGCUUUCCCAGUGACCCUUCCAAGUUGUCCAAAGCUACAAUCUUGUCACUGCUUGGGUGCAUCAAGAGCUACUUCACCCUUGCAGCUGGACCUCCUAAGGGCUUCCAGGAAAAUUUGUGCAAGAAGUGGUUGAAGACAUCCAUGGGAUAUCAGUGUCCUAAUGAUUGUAUCCUCUUUGAUCCUACACAGUCUUCUAUCUGCAUGGAAGAUGGACCUUUCAUAGAUGAAGCAUUCUAUGGUUCAGAGAUAGCCUCAUUGAAAGAUGCUCUUACAAGAAUCGGAGUAACUGUGGAUAUCAAACAUGGAAAAGAUCUUGUUGCUCGGCAUCUGAGGAGCCACAAUGAUAGGAUUACCAUUUCUCGGAUCUACUCAUACCUGAUGGAGAGCAAUUGGGUGCCUGAAAAUAAAAAUAGCAAUUGGAUUUGGAUACCAAACGAAAUGGAUGGUGGAGAAUGGGUGACUCCAAGAAGCUGUGUUCUUCAUGAUCGGAACAAUCUUUUUGGCCUGCAGCUUCAUGUCCUGGACAAAUAUUAUGACAAAAAGUUGCUUGACUUCUUUUUGUACCAUUUGGACGUGAGGAAUGGGCCUGGUUCUAAAGAUUACUGCAGACUAUGGGUCACAUGGGAGAAAUCCGUCCAGGAGAUAGCUGUGUCUGAUUGCUCUGCUUUCUGGAAAUUCAUUGCGACAAACUGGAGCAAAAACACCCAGAAACUUCUUUCUGGUUGUGUCAAAGUUCCUGUGUGUACUGACGGAAAGAUCAUUUUAUCAAUGAAGGAGGAUGUGUUCAUUCCUGAUGAUCUACUACUUACAGACUUGUUCAGCAAGCUAGCUCAGCAUUCAUUUUUUAUCUGGUAUCCUGCUUCUAUCCUACCUUCCAUGUCUCGAGCAAGCCUUAACUGCAUCUAUGAUAGCAUCGGUGUUCAAAGAAUAUCCAACGCAGUCACCAAGAAUGAUGCCUUCACCUUAGACAAUUACCAUUUCAGAACAACUGAUCCAAGUAAGGUGAUCAAGGUUGGUCUACUCAAAAUAAUUCUCUCAUUCCUCGCUGAUCCUGCUUUCGACAUUCCUGCUGAAGAGAGGCACAGGAUGGUUUCUUGCCUUCUGAAUGUGACUGUCCAAGAGAGUGAUGAACCAAUCACAGUGGGGUAUAGUGUAAGAUUGUCAUCUGGAGAGGUUGUGGAUGUGAAGUCCAGCCGAAUGCUUAGGUGGGAAAGGGAGGAUUCCAAGCUGUACAUGCAGAGUAGCGACGGCGAGCCCAGCUUCAAAGAAAAGAUUGAGUUUGCGACCUACUUCGCAGAGGAGAUAUCUCAAGGCCUGCUCUUUGAGAUGGCGGAUCAGAUCCCUUCGCUCACGGAGCUUAUUAAGUUUGGCAGCUUACUGGAUUUCGAAGACGCUGCUGUUGGGUUCUUGCUGAAGUCAAAAAACCUUCAGAUGUUUCCUGAAGACGAGCAUUUCCUUAAGCCUUCAAUGCUAGAUGGCAGCAAGAACCAUUAG